CCGCUCCGAGCGCCCGCCGCGAGCGCGUCACACGCGCAAACACGCGCAACGUCGCGCCCUUUACGUAACGCGCGACCAUCGCGCGCGAUCCCGCGACUCAUCAACGAUCGCCUGAAAGGAUAAGGUUUGGAGUGAUACACAAUAAGUGUGCUUCGUUUUGGCUUUCAACGCUUCUGGCUUUAUAUUUGGAGGAGACGGAGCGGCGGGCCGACGGUGGGCCGGCGCAAUUGAAGUGGUAUCGCAGAUGUUGCGCGCGCGCCGAAGUAGAAGAGAGGAGCGCGCGCGGCCUGCACGCGACGCGGCCACCACCCGGCGCGCCCUCUAGACAAAACCCUGUAUUUUAAUACGGUCGGACAUGAAAAAUCUCGCUCAUUUGCUGGCUGUCCCUAUCAGCGAGUACGUGGUGACGUUCAUCUAUUUAGUAGCCGCGGCCACACUGCUCACGAGGACGACAGGAGGGCGCUCCGCCCGUAGGUGGUCGGCGGGAGAACGCGGGCGCAGAGUGUACUGCCGCACGCGCUUUCCCUACCACACACACCCGCCCAUUCACUGUUAGCAGUAGGCAGUUUACUCGGGGGGAGUUCGAUAGACAAUGUCCGAGGACUUGGACUCGAUCAGCGAGGAAGAACAAAGCUUGUUCCGACCCUUCACCCGAGAGUCAUUGGCCGUAAUCGAGGCCCGCAUAGCUGAAGAGCAUGCCAAGCAAAAAGAACUCGAGAAAAAACGAGCGGAAGGCGAGACCGAUUUGGGGCGGACGAAAAAGAAAAAAGAAGUGCGGUACGAUGAUGAGGAUGAAGAUGAAGGUCCCCAACCAGAUGCGACCUUGGAGCAGGGCCUGCCGCUGCCGGUGCGCAUGCAGGGCUCCUUUCCUCUCGAACUCGCCUCCACACCACUCGAGGACAUCGAUCCUUUCUACCACAACCAAACAACAUUCGUAGUCAUAAGCAAGGGUAAAGACAUCUUCAGAUUUUCGGCGACUAAUGCCUUGUGGAUAUUGGAUCCAUUUAAUCCAAUAAGAAGAGUGGCCAUAUAUAUAUUAGUGCAUCCUUUAUUCUCUCUGUUCAUUAUUACCACAAUUCUUGUGAAUUGUAUACUCAUGAUAAUGCCUACCACACCAACUGUCGAAAGUACUGAAGUUAUCUUUACCGGCAUCUACACCUUUGAAUCGGCGGUGAAAGUAAUGGCCAGGGGUUUCAUACUACAGCCAUUCACAUACCUUAGAGAUGCAUGGAAUUGGCUUGACUUCGUAGUUAUAGCUUUAGCUUAUGUGACGAUGGGCAUAGAUCUCGGCAACUUGGCCGCUCUAAGAACGUUCAGAGUUCUCCGAGCUUUGAAGACUGUGGCCAUCGUACCGGGCUUGAAGACUAUUGUGGGUGCGGUGAUAGAGUCGGUGAAAAAUCUUCGAGAUGUGAUAAUAUUGACGAUGUUUUCACUAUCUGUGUUCGCACUUAUGGGUCUGCAAAUCUAUAUGGGGGUCUUGACACAGAAAUGUAUUAAAGUCUUUCCGGAAGACGGUAGUUGGGGUAACCUCACCGAUGAGAACUGGGAAAGAUUUUGUCAAAAUGAAACAAAUUGGUACGGAGAAGACGGAGACUACCCCCUUUGUGGAAAUUCAUCAGGAGCAGGACAAUGUGAACCAGGCUACAUAUGUUUACAAGGCUAUGGACCAAACCCUAACUACGGAUAUACGAGUUUUGACACGUUUGGUUGGGCUUUCCUAUCAGCUUUUCGACUCAUGACACAGGACUAUUGGGAAAAUCUUUAUCAACUGGUGCUAAGGUCAGCGGGUUCAUGGCACGUCUUGUUCUUCGUAGUGAUCAUAUUCUUGGGCUCAUUCUAUCUCGUCAACUUGAUUUUGGCUAUCGUCGCCAUGUCAUAUGAUGAGUUACAAAAGAAAGCUGAAGAAGAGGAACAAGCCGAAGAAGAAGCUCUUAGGGAAGCGGAACAAAAAGCGGCAGCCAGAGCGGAUAAGCAGGAAGCCAGGGAAGCCCAUGCUCGCGAGCAGGCUGCAGCAGCAGAGGCGGCGGCGUACGCCGAGGCACAUCCCGCUAAAUCUCCCAGCGACUCUUCCUGUCAGAGCUACGAGCUGUUCGUGAACCAGGAGCGGGGCAACCAGGACGACAAUACGCGCGAGCGCAUGUCCCUCCGUAGCGACCCCUUCCAGGACUCGGUGAGCACUCAGCCCACGCACAAGCCAACCGCCAACGAAUCGCACCACGAACCGGCACGCCGACAGAGGAAGGUCAGCAUGGUUCCCCACCCUGAACGCAUAAAUAAAUACGGACAGUUGUCAUAUGGGCCACUGCGCGAAGGCUCACAGGCUUCAUUGUCACUUCCUGGAUCACCGUUCAAUUUACGUCGAGGAUCUCGUGGGUCGCAUCAAAUGGCUUUAAGACCGAACGGAAGAAAUCGAUAUCCACCUGGAGCUGAUCGAAAACCACUUGUCCUUUCAACAUACUUGGAUGCACAGGAACAUCUGCCAUAUGCUGACGAUUCAAAUGCUGUCACACCAAUGUCUGAAGAAAAUGGUGCUAUAAUUAUACCUGUGUACUACGCCAAUUUAGGUUCAAGACAUUCUUCUUACACGUCGCAUCAAUCUCGAUUGUCGUACACUUCACACGGUGACUUAUUAGGUGGAAAAGCGCAAACGAAGGAAGCAAGGCUAAGAGGACGAUCGGCAUCCAGAAAUCACAGCGUUACGUCACAACCGCAUGCCUACCCACUGCCAAGACAAGAUUCGUCGCUCGCAUCUAGACCGCUUAGAGAAUAUGAAAUAAGCACAACGGAAUGUACAGAUGAGGCUGGCAAAGUAUUAAAACAAUCUAACGACAAUCCUUUUAUAGAGUCAUCGCAGCAGCCCAACGUUGUAGAUAUGAGAGAUGUUAUGGUACUAAAUGAAAUUAUUGAACAAGCGGGCAGACAAAGUAGAGCCAGUGAGCAAAACGUGUCAGUGUACUACUUCCCAACAGCAGAAGACGAUGAGGAUGGACCCACCUUCAAAGAAAGACUCCUCGAGUGCUUUAUGAAAGGAAUAGACUUCUUUUGUGUUUGGGACUGCUGUUGGUUAUGGCUGGAGUUCCAAAAAUACGUGGCUCUUCUGGUGUUCGACCCAUUCGUAGAACUGUUUAUCACCUUAUGUAUUGUGGUCAACACUUUGUUUAUGGCUUUGGACCAUCAUGAUAUGGAUCGAGAUAUGGAAAAGGCGCUAAAAAGUGGCAACUAUUUCUUCACUGCAACCUUUGGUAUAGAAGCCAUGCUAAAAUUAAUAGCUAUGAGCCCGAAGUUUUAUUUUCAAGAAGGUUGGAACGUUUUUGAUUUUAUCAUCGUGGCCUUAUCGUUAUUAGAAUUGGGUCUGGAAGGUGUACAGGGUUUGUCAGUGUUACGUUCAUUUCGUUUGCUGCGUGUAUUUAAACUGGCUAAGUCUUGGCCGGCGCUAAACCUUAUUAUAUCCAUAAUGGGUAGGACAGUGGGAGCUUUAGGGAACUUGACCUUUGUACUUUGCAUCAUUAUAUUCAUAUUUGCGGUGAUGGGAAUGCAGUUAUUUGGGAAAAACUAUACAGACUAUGUAGACCGUUUUCCGGACGGAGAUCUUCCCCGUUGGAACUUCACCGACUUCAUGCACAGCUUCAUGAUAGUCUUUCGAGUGCUAUGUGGAGAAUGGAUAGAAAGCAUGUGGGAUUGUAUGCUCGUUGGAGACGUGUCCUGCAUACCAUUCUUCUUAGCUACCGUUGUCAUUGGUAAUCUUGUGGUUCUCAACCUCUUCUUGGCCCUGUUACUGUCAAACUUUGGGUCAUCUAACUUAUCGUCGCCGACAGCCGAUCAAGACACCAACAAAAUAGCUGAAGCAUUUAACAGAAUAUCGAGAUUCAUAGAUUGGGUUAAAAAGAACGCAGCCGACGUCUUAAAGUUGGUGAAAAAUAAACUUACAAACCAAAUAGCCAUACACGCUCCCGGCUUAAAGGCGGCUUUAUGUGGCCGCUGUGUCUCCCCAGAACGGGUGGAUAACGAGCUGGAAUUAGGUGCUGACCUUGAUGAUGGAGUACUGUAUAAAGAUAAGAAACUAAAAGACCAAGUAGAAGUAGCAAUCGGUGACGGCAUGGAAUUUACAAUACCAGGUGACAAUAAGUACAAGAAAGGUAAAAUACUAAUGAAUAAUAUCAAUGCAAUAACCGAUAACCACACAGACAAUAGAAUUAAUUGUGAACUUAAUCAUCAUGGAUACCCUAUUCAGGACGAUGAUACUAUAAGUCAGAAAUCAUACGGAAGUCACAAAAUUAGAUCUUUUAAAGAUGAAAGUCACAAAGGUUCAGCAGACACCAUCGAUGGUGAAGAAAAAAAAGACGCCAGUAAAGAAGAAUUAGGGCUAGAGGAAGAAAUGAUACCAGAAGAAGAGGUUGGUCAAGUGGAUCUGGCUAAAUUGGACAUAAAAGCUGUAGAGGGUGAUGGCAUUCUUGAAGACUCUCCAGCAGACUGCUGUCCAGAACCUUGUUAUGCGCGCUUCCCCUUUUUAGCUGGAGAUGACGAAUCUCCAUUCUGGCAAGGAUGGGCCAUGUUGAGACUGAAAACCUUCCGACUUAUUGAAAAUACAUACUUUGAAACGGCUGUGAUAACUAUGAUUUUACUCAGUAGUUUGGCUUUGGCUCUAGAAGAUGUUCAUUUACCACAUCGGCCGAUACUUCAAGAUAUCCUCUAUUAUAUGGACCGAAUCUUUACCGUUAUAUUUUUCAUCGAGAUGUUGAUCAAGUGGCUUGCUCUUGGAUUCCAGAAAUAUUUCACGAAUGCCUGGUGUUGGCUUGAUUUCAUCAUUGUUAUGGUCUCGCUUAUAAACUUCGUAGCGGCGCUUUGUGGCGCCGGUGGCAUUCAGGCGUUCAAAACGAUGAGAACGCUUCGAGCCCUUCGACCGCUCAGGGCUAUGAGCCGCAUGCAGGGCAUGAGGGUGGUAGUGAAUGCUCUGGUGCAAGCGAUCCCAUCCAUCUUCAACGUGCUGCUCGUGUGUCUGAUAUUCUGGCUUAUCUUUGCUAUUAUGGGUGUACAACUCUUCGCUGGAAAAUAUUUUAAGUGCGUCGACAUGAACCACACAACUCUAAGCCAUGAAAUUAUCCCAGAUAGAAAUGCUUGUAUUUUAGAAAACUACACCUGGGAAAACUCCCCAAUGAAUUUCGACCAUGUUGGCAAGGCUUAUUUAUGUCUAUUUCAAGUUGCUACUUUCAAAGGCUGGAUUCAAAUCAUGAAUGAUGCUAUCGAUUCACGAGAGGUUGGUCGUCAGCCCAUUCGAGAAACCAAUAUAUACAUGUAUUUGUAUUUUGUAUUCUUCAUAAUUUUCGGCUCGUUUUUCACUCUUAACCUAUUCAUUGGUGUGAUUAUUGAUAAUUUUAAUGAACAAAAGAAGAAAGCAGGAGGCAGUCUUGAAAUGUUUAUGACAGAAGAUCAGAAAAAGUAUUACAAUGCUAUGAAAAAAAUGGGAUCGAAAAAGCCCCUUAAAGCAAUUCCCAGGCCAAGGUGGCGGCCGCAAGCAAUCGUAUUUGAGAUUGUAACAGAUAAGAAAUUUGAUAUGAUCAUUAUGUUGUUUAUUGGCCUUAAUAUGUUAACUAUGACCCUCGAUCAUUAUCAACAAUCAGAAACAUUCAGUGCUGUGUUGGACUAUCUUAAUAUGAUAUUUAUCGUAAUAUUUAGUUCAGAGUGCUUACUUAAGAUCUUUGCCCUGCGAUACCAUUACUUUGUGGAGCCAUGGAAUCUAUUUGAUUUUGUCGUUGUAAUGUUUUCUAUACUUAGCUUGGUGUUGAGCGAUAUCAUAGAAAAGUACUUUGUUUCACCGACUUUACUCAGAGUUGUCAGAGUGGCAAAAGUUGGUAGAGUACUUCGACUUGUUAAAGGUGCAAAGGGCAUUCGAACAUUACUGUUCGCUCUGGCCAUGUCACUGCCAGCUCUCUUUAACAUUUGUCUGCUGCUAUUUCUUGUAAUGUUUAUCUUCGCAAUAUUUGGAAUGUCAUUUUUCAUGCAUGUUAAAGACAAAGGAGGCCUAGAUGACGUGUACAACUUCAAAACUUUCGUGCAAAGUAUGAUUCUACUAUUUCAGAUGUCUACAUCGGCGGGUUGGGAUGGUGUGUUAGACGGUAUUAUAAAUGAGGAAGAGUGUGAUUUGCCGGACAACGAACGUGGGUCACCUGGCAACUGUGGCUCUGCGACGAUAGGCAUUACCUACUUACUGUCAUAUCUGGUGAUCUCUUUCCUCAUCGUUAUUAACAUGUACAUUGCCGUUAUUCUCGAAAAUUAUUCUCAGGCAACCGAAGACGUACAGGAAGGCCUAACUGACGACGACUACGACAUGUACUACGAGAUAUGGCAGCGGUUUGAUCCCGAAGGAACACAAUACAUCAGAUACGAUCAACUAUCUGAUUUCUUAGACGUUCUCGAGCCGCCUUUACAAAUCCACAAACCUAACAAAUACAAAAUUAUAUCCAUGGACAUACCUAUAUGUCGCGGUGAUAUGAUGUUCUGCGUUGACAUCUUAGAUGCGCUCACGAAAGACUUCUUUGCGAGAAAGGGCAAUCCCAUCGAGGAACCGGUCGACGUGGGAAGGCCCGACGAAGUGGGCUACGAGCCCGUGUCGUCAACGCUAUGGAGACAACGUGAAGAGUACUGCGCGCGGCUGAUCCAGCACGCGUGGCGGAGACACCGGCGAGCGCAGUCGCCAGGUGGCGGCUCCGCGUCGGGCGCUGAGGGCGGCGGCGCGAGCGGACCGGAGGCGGAAGGCGCCCCGACGGCCGUGCUGCUGGACGCGGGCGCUGGCGGCGCGCACCGCGUGGUGCUGCAGGCGGCCGGGGCGGCGCCGCGCCCGCCCGAGCCCGCGCCGCCGCCCGCGCCCGUCUGACCCGCGCUGGCGCUCGCGCUGCUGCCCGCGCUCGUCGACGAGGCGCCGCUGCCGCUGCCCGCACCGCUACCCGAGCUCUUGAGCCCACCCAAGCGCACUUAAUUCUUUUUUACGCUAGAU